UGGAUCACCAUCACUCGACAUUCACUCCUUAACAAACUGUAAUUCUUAAUCAUCGGAAAGAUUAGGUACUCUGUUUGUAGGUUUUUUACCCUAACCUCAUCAUCCCAGAUACAAACACGAGAGAGUAAGAGACGACACGAAUUUCCCCCACUGCUCGUCUUCUCCUCACUGCCAAAUCGUAGUUUCUUUCCCUGUCCCUCGGGUCCCGCCGCGAGACCCCCAAAAACCUUCGUCAAAUUCCCCCAUGAUGUUCCGUGGCGGCGGCAGAGGCAGCGGCGCCGCCGCUUUCCCGCGUUUCGACGUGGCGGACGACGCAUCCGACCACUCCUAUCUGACCACGAAAAAGAAGGACGAGAAUCGCCUCCCAAACAUCUCCAAAGACGCGCCCAAGAAAAUUAUGCGGGAAUGGAAGAUCUUGGAGAAGCACCUGCCCGACUCGAUUUCGGUUCGGGUCUACGCGAACCGGAUCGAUCUCAUGACCGCCGUCAUCGUCGGGAGCCCGGGGACCCCGUACCACGACGGCCUCUAUUUCUUCGACAUCAGGUUCUCGCCCGACUACCCGAAUUCGCUGCCGUGGGUCCGCUACCGGUCGUACGGGAUGCGGAUCAACCCGAAUCUCUACGCGAGCGGGCGGGUCUGCCUGAGCCUGAUCAACACCUGGGAAGGGAGAAGCUCCUCCGAGAAGUGGAUCCCGGGAAAAUCGACGAUUCUCCAGCUCCUGAUCUCGAUUCAGGGCCUGGUGCAGAACGAGAAGCCGUACUACAACGAGCCGUACGUCGCCGUGGGGGAGUUUUGGGGGGAAUUGCUGUUCGGCGGCCGGCCGUCGAGCGCGUACAGCGAGGACGCGUACUUGCUGUGCUGCAAGACGAUGCUGCAUCUGAUGCGGAAGCCGCCGAGGAACUUCGAAUCGUUUGUGAGGUCGCAUUUUAGGGAGAGGGGUUUUGGGAUCCUGGCGGCGAUGAUGGCGUAUAGGAACGGGGAAUGCAGAGUUGGGUAUUACGGGAUCGGUGGUGGUGGUGGGUCGUCGGUUCCGGCGCGGAAGGGUCGGCCGUCGAGGAAAUUCAAGGCUGGGAUUAAGGAGCUGGUGCCGCAGCUGGCGACUGCGUUGGCCAAGACAGGGGCUUCAGUGGGGAAUUUCGUCGAGCAGUUGGAAGGUGAGAAGGUGGGGAGGGGAGUUGAUAUAUGGGCUUACCUCUCUCAUCCUGCAUUGUUUGGGGCUUUGGUUGGGCUUGCUAUUAUUUGUUUUGUUUUUGUUUUAUUUCGGUUUUGAUCCAUGAAGUAUUGGGUUAAGCCUGAUCUCCAAUACUUGGACAAAUGGCUCAAAUAUAUGAUGGGAUAUUCUUAUUGGAUUAUUUACAUGUACAAAUUUAAUCACGGACUAGUUAGUAGGUUGCUCGGUUAUCGGUUUCUUAACCAGUUGAGUUUGAUUUUCAGGUGUUAAAAAGCUAAAAUAAUGGCUUGAAGUUAACUCGUAUAUUAAAAUACUGACUUGUUUUCAGCUCAUAAAAGAAGUUCUGAGCAAGUUUGGCUCAUCAAUUAGAUUAUGAAUUUGGCUUCAUCUCCAACAUAAAUGGUUGAACCAACAAAAUGAAAUUCUAAAAUAAUU